AUGGAAGAAGGUGGCAGAGCAGACGAUUUCCGCUACCUGACGGGGUAUGCCAACCCUAACUGGACGGGCGUGUACUACCAGUUCGCCGAGUACUCCCCCGACCUGAGCGUCGUGUUCCUAGACGACGCCCUCGAGAGCGUCUGUGGCACCGGAUACUGGAUCUUAUACGACGCCACCGACUACGACCCGUACUCCACUGGCAUCACUUGCCACUUCCAUGGAGUGAACCAGUGCGCCACCUGGGACUCCAGCUGCAGCAAUGUUGCAUCAUCACUCAGGUACGCCGGUAGCCCCUACGGCCUCAACAACGACUAUUAUAAUCUGUAUGAAGGAAAAAGUUUCCGCGGCGAAGAGUUCCAAGGCGACACCGACGCCGCUGACUUGGGUGAUUUGGACCUCAAGAUCUCAUCUUUAAUGGUGACGGGGCAGUCGGGGUGGACAUUCUAUGUGGGCGUUAACUUCUCGGGCCCCGCCGUGUGCGUGUACGCGGACGAACACGUCACCACCGAUGGCAUUCAUCUCGACUAUGCCCGCUUUUUCGACAUGAGCGAGCUCGGUCUGCCCGACAACUUCAUCAGGUCCGUGGAGCGCGGCUGCCUCAGCGACCGCGUGGUGGGAGCGCCGCCCCCGUGGCGGUGAACAAACGAUCAGGAAAUUGGCAACAAACGAUCAGGAAAUUGUUAACAAAUGAUCGGGAAAUUGGCAACAAAUGAUCAGGAAAUUGGCAACAAACGAUCAGGAAAUUGGCAACAAACAAUCAGGAAAUUGGCAACAAACGAUCAGGAAAUUGGCAACAAACGAUCAGGAGAUUGGCGACUGAACAGACGCGGCUGAAGUGCACUGCACGAAUGUACGAGUAUAUAGUGUAUGUGCAACGUCUAAAUUUUACGAUUCUCCCAUUCAAGAUAGAGCG